AUGGUGACAGAAAAGCGUCCAGAGACGCAGAUAAAAGUGAAAUACAGAAAAAGAGAAAAUAUGAAGAAGGCAGUCGUGAUGAUUCCAAAAAGCAAAAAGUGUCACCUUCUAACGCUGAAUAAUCCUGCCGUUGUGAAUGCUUUGGCCAAACUACGAAAGAAUGGAAACAAGGAGAAUCCUCUUUCUGGGAGUUCUGAUCACUCAUCUUCACUGAUAUCAGAUGCAAGCUAUGCAUAUUCUCAGUUAUAUGGGGAAUCUUCAACGUCACAGGUAUUGUCUAAUACAGACACUAAUGGUAAAAGCAGAAGGAUGGCCAACAGUGGUUUUGAGCAUGGUGACAGAAAAGCGUCCAGAGACGCAGAUAAAAGUGAAAUACAGAAAAAGAGAAAAUAUGAAGAAGGCAGUCGUGAUGAUUCCAAAAAGCAAAAAGUGUCACCUUCUGUAAGUGCUAGGGGCAGAACAGCAAAAAGGAUUGUUGAUAAAUAUCCUGGAAGUUCUGGCCCUGCCAACAGACAAAGGGAAAAGCACCACACAAGAAAUGGCGACCCCGGGGACAAGACACUAGACAGCUGCUUUAGAGGUGAUAAACAUUCAUUAGAUAAUGGGACUAAGGAGGACAAAAAGGCACACGAAAAUGAUAAGAGAAAAGGUGAAAAAGAAACGAGUCUAAAAAAAGAUGAAAAGGAAAAGAGUGUAAGAAAAGGUGAAAAGAGUGUAAGAAAAGGUGAAAAGAGUGUAAGAAAAGACCACAUAUAUGAAAGGGAAAAAAAGACCAUAAGUACCUCCAAAACUGACCACAGUACAAUCGGAGCAACUGAGAAAUAUGACCAGAAAGAAAGAAAUGAUAAGAGAAGAAAAGGUGAAAAGGAAAAGACUGUAAGAAAAGUCCACAUAUAUGACAGGGAUAAAAAGACCAUAAGUACCUUCAAAACUGACCACAGUACAAUCGGAGCAACUGAGAAAUAUGAUCAGAAAGAAAGAAAUGAUAAGAGAAGAAAAGGUAAAAAGGAAAAGACUGUAAGAAAAGACCACAUAUAUGAAAGGAAUAAAAAGACCACAAGUACCUCCAAAACUGACCACAGUACAAUCGGAGCAACUGAGAAAUAUGACCGGAGAGAAAGAAAUGAUAAAAGAAGAAAAGGUGAACAGAAAAACAAUGUAACUAAAGAUCACAUAUAUGAAAGGGAUAAAAACACCAGAGAUACCUCCAAAAGUGACCACAGUGCAAUUGGAGCAACUGGGAAAUACGACCAGAGAGAAAGAAACUGUCAUUCUGACAAAACUCGACAUAAACGUUUGGACCCAAGAACUCAUCAAAGUUCCCCGUCUUCCAAAGGUCUUUGCACAGAAAACAAUGACCUGGGGAAUGGUGCAACUCAUUUAACACCGAUUUCAGAAAAACGGGCUAUUCUGGAAGAUGAUGUUGAACACAAAGACAGUAUCAGUCAUUCUGAUAAGAAAAAGUAUACAGAACCUGGUCAACAUGGUAUUAAAACAAGGGAUAGUCCAAUUCACUUGACACAAGGGUUACCAAACCUGGUUAGUAUGGAAUGUAUUGAUCACAAUAUUAUACCCGUUUCAUCACCAGUUUUACAAGAAGUAGUUGAUAUGGAGAGUGGUGUUGCUAAUGUUGAACAGAACAAUUGUCCAGAUAGUUCACAAGUUUCACCAAAGACAAUUUCCAAGGAAGCUGAUGAUCUGGGGAAUACUAGUCAUGCACCAUUGAUUUCACAAAAAACAGUCAUUCUGGAACACAACCCUUCACCAAAUAAUAUCUGUAGGGAUGAUGAUAAUAAGAGUAAUUCAUCACGGGUGUUGGCAAAAUCAAUUGGUCUUGAACAUGUUCACCAUGUUAAACAGGUGGAUGAUGUGCAUUAUCAAUCAAUAAUUUUAGAAAGAACAUUAAAUGUGAAAGGUGAUGUAAAGGCUGUUAAACAGAGAAAUAGAGCCAGCAAUAUACCACUGCCUUCACUCAAACGAAAGUGGGCACCAGAUGGUGAUACAACUACAAAACAAAGCGACAGUUCAGUUCAUUUGGUGAAAGAAGUUAUUCUGGAAGGUGGGGACCAUAUUGAUGAUGAGGUGAAUCAUUUGCUGCUUUCACCAAAGAAAAUUCAUAUACAAUAUACUACUGUUUACAGUCCUUCAAGUAACAGUGAGAAUAAUGUUUUAAAGGGAUUGUCAUCUGCAGCUGAAACUGAUGAGACAAACGAUCAUGGUAAAGGUGCCAAAUGUCUUGAAACUGAUGAGAUAAAUGACCAUGGUAAAGGUGCUAGGUGUCUUGAAACUGAUGAGACAAACGACCAUGGUAAUGAUGCUAAUUGUCUUGAAACUGACGAGACAAACGACCAUGGUAAAGGUGCUAGAUGUCUUGAAACUGAUGAGACAAACGACCAUGGUAAAGGUGCUAAAUGUCUUGAAACUGAUGAGAUAAACAACCAUGGUAAUGGUGCUAAAUGUCUUGAUAUUGGCAAUCCUGAUAGCAACAAGAAUGAGUCAGCUGUGGCAAAUAUGGAGAGUAAUAUAUUGAAGUUGGUCUUGGAGAAUAUAAAACAGAAGUGUACUGCACCAUCUGCUGUUCUCAGUUCUGGAAAUGAUGCUGAAUUACAUGGUGAUGCUGAAUCAGAAGAUGGUAAUGCAUUAGAUAAGGAACAACCUUAUAUUCUUCAUAGAAUUGAAAAUGUUCCACAGGAGAUAAAGUCAUGGAAAUCAAGACUGGAGAAAUUUAAGAAGUCCAACUACAGCUUAUGUGAAACAUGGGAAUAUACAUUUUUCUCAAAUGUAUCAGCACAUAAGAGUGUAAGUUUUAACACCUUCGAAAACACAAGUGUCAAUACAUCUACACCACAAUCUAAGCCUCAUGCUUUAGGAGUUAAUGAUAAGUCAUCUGAAUCAUAUCAUUUGACCUCUAAUGAAAAUGCAAUAUUGUCACAGAGUUUUUCAGCUGAAUGUGACAAAGGUUCUGAAGCCUCAGAUCUUGCAGUUCCAGUAGAUGAUGCUGAAUCACAAGGUGAUGCAUUGGACAAUGAACAACCUUAUGUUCUUCACAAAAUUGAAAAUAUCCCACAGGAGAUAAAGUCAUGGAAAUCUAGACUGGAGAAAUUUAAGAAUUCAAACUACAGCUUAUGUGAAACAUGGGAAUAUCCAUUUUUCUCAAAUGUAUCAGCACAUAAGAGUGUAAGUUUUAACACCUUCGAAAACACAAGUGUCAAUACAUCCACACCACAAUCUAAGCCACAUGCUUUAGGAGUUAAUGAAGAGUUGUCGGAAUCAAAUCAUUUGACCUUUAAUGAAAGUGCAAUAUUGUCUCAGAGUUUUUGUGCUGAAUAUGACAUGGGUUCUGAAGCCUCAGGUCUUGCAGUUCCCAUAGAUAAUGCUGCUGCUGAAUUUUUCAAGGGUUCUGAAGCCUCAGAUCUUGCAGUUCCAGUAGAUGAUACUGAAUCACAAGGUGAUGCUUUGGAUGACGAACAUCCUUAUGUUCUUCAUAAAAUUGAAAAUAUUCCACUGGAGAUAAAGUCAUGGAAAUCUAGACUGGAGAAAUUUAGGAAGUCCAACUACAGCUUAUGUGAAACAUGGGAAUAUCCAUUUUUCUCAAAUGAAAUUGCAAUAUUGUCUGAAACUUUUUCAGCUGAAUGUAACAAGGGUUCUGAAGCUUCGGGUCUUGCAGUUCCAGUAGAUGAAAAUAGUGUAACACAAAAUGUUGAAAUCCAAAAUCAUUCUCAUCUCUUCAAGUUGGACCAUAGUCAGCAAACUGCAAAUCAGUCACGUGAUGUGUGCGAUCCUAACCAGAUGACUAUUCCCGAUGUAUCUGCCAUCAGUGACACUAAGAUUAAACACAUUGAACGGUAUCUGCCAGACUGUGAAGCCUCCUGUAGUAGCAGUGAUGCAUAUUGUUUGGCUUCAAAUUGUGGAAGUGGUUUCGGAGGUGUUAAACUUGAAGAAAAACAUUUUCUAUUCAAAAGGAAUUCUUCAGUUGCUAAUGUCACUGAUAAUGUUGAUAGCGAUUUGAUCAGUGAUUGUGUUGUUGAGAAUAGGAACACUGAUAUUGAUGCAGAUAAAGGUCUUCCAUUAAGGGAUACCAUGAAAAAAUCAUUGCCUCCAGCAAGAUAUUCUCAUUGUGAUGACGGCAGAUUAAGUAUCAGCGAUGAUUUACAUGUCAUCCAAGUUUAUUUGGAUGACUCAGAGUCUUGUGAUUGUGUUUAUACUCAGGAUUCCUCUCUUACUCUUUCUGAAAUGGUGGAAAAUAGUUUUGAUAAUGGAACCUGCAAGUUAUUUGACAGAGACACAUUGACAGGAGAUAAUGUUUCUGACAAAUCAAGUAUAGUAACAGAUAAUGAUGAAUGCUGUAAUUCGUUUACAGUGGCCAAUAGCAGAUGUGACAAAUCAGUGGACGUUAGUGUUGAAGAUACUGGUUGGAAGUCAUCAUUUAACACCGGACGUGAGCAGCUAGAUGUUUCUGCUAAUGACAACGAAAAACCAGGUUCCAUUACACGUGGUGAUACAGUUGUUAUUCCAGGUGAGGAAGCAAUAACAGAAUUUCUUUCGGAGUCAACAGAUGAAAGUGUAACAUUUCUUGAAGGAUGUGCAAGGACACGUUUAUAUAUAAAAAGUUUAAAAUCUAACAACACAGUUAAUAUCCAGACUUCUCUGAACAGUUUGGAAACAGCAAUUACUGAAGAUUUAAGUACCCAUUCUCAUAGCAAGAUGUGCAUUCCAGGGAAGCAGUCAGUAUGUGAAAUAAAACUUUCUGAUUUAAGCCCUUCACCAGUUACUAAAAACAAUAUGCUCAAUACCGCAUAUGUUCAAAUGCACUGUGAGAAAAACACAAUUAAUUUAGAAGAGAAUAAAGAUAGCCACAAUGUAGUCCAGGAUUAUGUGCAUCACGAUGAUAAAGAAAAUAGAGAGGUUCCACAACAGACUUUGGACUCUCAAAAUCUGACAUCUCAAAAGACCAAUAGUGAAACGAAGGACAUGAUGACCACAAACAGUGUUGAAUCUUCCGAUGAUUCUGACUCAUCAGAUUCGUCUGAUGAAAAAAGUUCAAGUUCAAGUUCUGAUGAAAAAAGUUCAAGUUCUGAUGAAAAAAGUUCAAGUUCUGAUGAAGAAAGUUCAAGUUCAAGUUCUGAUGAAGAAAGUUCAAGUUCAAGUUCUAAUGAAGAAAGUUCAAGUUCUGAUGAUACAUCAUCAGAUAGUGACAGUGACGUGGGUGAACGUAAUUCAGUUUACCCUGCAUCAAGUGGAAUUCAUAACAAUUCUCAGCAGACUGUGAAUGGUUCUGAUAAAUCAAAUGUUUGUAAAUUAUUUGACAGACUGAAGCCCUUAAAUGAAUUGUUCAGUAGCAUGCUGAGUAAUCAGAAUAGAAGAACGGAAGUAUCCAAGCGGGAUGUUUCUAAAGUUUCAAAAACUUCAGUGAGUAACACACAGCCAGGUAAAGCAAAAGAUUCCAAAGCAAAGGAUACUACAGCAAAAAUAGUAUCAGAUAAAAGUGAUACUAUCAGUGACAAAGACAAUCCAGUUUACAGUGAAAACAGUAUUGGGUAUCCAUGCAUUUCAUUGGAUGAUGAAGAUUGUUCACUGCAGCUGCGUGUGAUCAGUGAUGAAGAAAUAAGCGAUGAUAGCUCUUUAGAGGAUGGGGAAUUACGGAGUGAAUCUCCAGAUGACUACAUUGUUAGCAAACGUCUAACUGAAAGAAAGCCCAAUUUUGAACCACUUAUCAAAUUAAAGACACAAAACAUUUCAGCAUCCACCAGUGGACAGCAAAGAGGACAAAGAAAGGGAACAAAAUUGAGUAUGGAUUUAUACCGACCUAUGACUGGUGAAUCUCAUUCUUCAAAUCAAGCCACCAAGGCAUUUUCAACGUUAAAGGGUUAUAAAAUACCACGAAAAAAUUCUUUGGGCUCACAAAAAAGGCCAUUUUCAGAUGCUGGCAGCACUGACAGGACUCCUAAGAGAAAAAGACUUGAAAAAUCACCCAGUCAAUCUGUAGGCUGGUAGUCUGACAGUGAUUUGAUAAAAAUAAAUGUAUAUAUCAAAUUUA